UAAUAAAUAACCGUUAUCACCAUUUAUAUCUAAAGUAAAAUGUAUUGCUUCAAAACAAUGAAUCUUUCUGGUUGUAAUUGUAAAGCUAUUUUUCAUUAAAAGCGCAACAUAAAAACUGUAUUUAUUAUUAUAUUCAUGUUGAGAGCAAAAAAAAAAUAUUGUUUUAAAUAAUAUUCCACAUAAGUGGAGCAAAUAUGAAAAAGAAAAACACAGUUGUUAUUGAUUUAAGUAUACAUGCGUUUGAAGGCCACAGAAAAGAAAUAUGUGUGUGCAUGUUUGUUUUAUUGAUGUUAAAAUAAGUUUGGGUUCUUGAAUUUAAUUUUAAAUUCAAGUAAAUGUUAAACUAAAGGAAAUAUCAAGAAUAUAAUAGAAAUAUGGAAAAUAUAGGACAAAAACGAAGGGGAGAGAUAACUUAUAAGGUACAAUGUAAGAAAGUGAAAAUAGAGUCUUCAAGAAACGUACGUUAUACAGACUAUAUAUCUCAACCGCCUACUUUAGAAAGUAUAACUCUUACGUCAAUAGCAAUAAGACUGUGGACUGAACCCGAUAUAAAUGAGGACGUAAAGUAGCAUUCUAUGCGCUAUGGAUCUGAAAUUAUAUGCACCGGACCGAGAGAGGCUUAUCAUAAUUUGGAAGAAAGAGUAACUGAGAAAUUAGCAGAUCUUCGCUUGCCUGAUCUACUAAAAAUCAAAGUAUCUGAUGUCAUCAGACCUAUUGGAUUGCUGUUACUGAAAUGUUUCGAUUCGAAAGACGAUGAAUAUUGUAAAGAUCUUUUUGAAAAACAUUACACAGUUUAUUGGACAGGCAUCAUCGAUAAACGUAGAUCACUUGUAGAACUGAUCAAAAAUGAAAACCAAGAAAACAUUAUUUGUCAAUUGUAUGAGUUAGCGUGUAAAUACUGUUUAGAUGUUUUUUCUUUAUGGGAAAAUAUACCACUCGAUAAAAAAAAAUUACUUACAUCUGAAGCAAAAGAGCAACCAUUAUGGUUAUGAUUAUUGGACUGCUUACAUAAAUGAAGAAUCUGUUAAGUUAGAUUAAGAAGACUGAUCAUCGUAAUAUCUAUGACUGUAAUUUCAGCAUUCAUCACAACAUGGUUACGUUAUCAAUUUUUGUUUGCAGUGAAUUUAGUCUCCGAUAUUUUUGGCACAAAUUGACGGCUGAACAGAAAGAAGCUAAUAUAGAAAAUUGGUUAGAACAAAUUAUACAAAAAUAUAAUAGAGUAUUGAGUAGAAGAUAUGAAUACCAAAACUAUCACGUAUUUACUAAUAUUUUGUGUUUUUUGUUAUCUCAUUUAAAGGAUCAAAACCAGGUUUUUCAAAUUCAUUCUGAAAAAUUACUGAAAGCUUUAUUUUUCGAUUGGCCAUAUCAGCGCUUCUUCUUAUCAACAAUUAAUUUAAUGUUCGACUAUCUUGAAGAGGACACAUAUGCUAAAACGAUGACAUACAUUGUUAGAGAAAUCAAAGAAGGGAGAAACACUGUGGAAUUGUUUAGAAAAAUUUGGCGUAGAAGUCCAGUAAGACUCAAAAACGCAUGUCUGCCAGUAAAUAGAUGUCACGCCAUUCGUAACUUGCUUUCUGUUGAAGACUUGGAAACAAUCAAUUUAGUACUAAGUAGUUUCUCAGCCAAUGAUAAAAAGGAAGUAAUAUUUAACCUAAUCGGAAGUGAAGAGCUGCGGAAGCUUCUAUAUCUAAGUAAAUUCACUCUGCUUGAUUCUUUGGCAAAAAAUACUCUUCCGUCAGAUUGUGAUAUCAAACGUUUCAAAGAAAGUUUGGAACAGAAGUAUGGAGACGGACUGUACCAUGAAUGGAUUCUUGGCAAGAAUUUUCAAGCAGUAGACGAAAUGUUAAAGUGGGUUAUUCAAACUACUGAAGAGAUUGAAAGCUUUAAGAAAAAUAGACUUAAUAAGUUUUCAAUAUGCACAUCAUUAGUAUGCUUGGGUGAUUUUGGACUUAUUGACCGAUUUAUGAAUUGGUGUUUUAAAAGUGUAGAUGAAAGUAAUAAUUUUAAACAAUCAUACGUACGUAAUUCUACGGCAUGCAUACAAUUAUUACAAGGAUUAGGUUAUUCCGGUGAAAACGGGUGGGAUUUUUUUUGAGGAGUUUUUAAAAUACAGCUCAUAUUAUAGUUGCAAAUUUUAAAAAAUUAUGCCUGGAACAAAUAGCAAGUUUAGUAGAUCGCUAUUACUUCGAAUAUGCUAUGCAUCUUUGACACUGGUGCUUGGAUUCUUCCAAAGAAAUCAAGGAAUUUAAGAAUGAAUUGUUCCUGUCCGAGGAAGGAAGUAGAAUUAUUUUUUAUGAAAUAGACCGAAAAUAUCCUAACUGGAACAACGUCAAAAACAUUUUGAAAUGGGUGCGUGUGUGUGUGUUAUAUGGGUUUUAGAACGAACGGACAGUUCUUAAACCAGUUAAGUUAUUAUACUUUUAAAAAAUCGCCAAUUAGAUGACAUGUUUCCACAUAGAUGAAAAUCAUCAAAAUCACAGCCUUAUUCUCAGUUUCGGAACAUUACUAUGAUCCCAGGUAAUGCAGAAUUAGAGUAAGUUUUAAAAUACUAAAAAAUAGACCGCAAACGCUUUUCAUUUUCACAUUACUCGGGCUUUUCUCCAUGUUUACGUUUUGCGCCAUUUUCAAAAUAAGCAUAGACAGCGCUGGCUUUAGAUAGUCUAAACUUGACCCAACAGUCAUGAGUAACAGUUGCAAACUCACAGCAGUUAUAUAAAGAUAACUUAUUAUUCGCAAAGCAUCAUUUCAUAUUACGACGGAGCCUUCGAAAAACAGCAGCCAUAAGCUGAUAAAGAAACAUUAAAGGUAUUAAUUGAUUCCAACCGGCGAAUAAAAAUUCAUGAAAUCAUUCAGACAUUAAAAGUCGAAGGUAUAACCUUAAAUCUUGACAAAGUCACGCGUUUUUAAGAAAAGAAGUUUUUUUUAUAUACAUUGUAUGUAGAUCGGUUUUUGAUUGGGUUGUCUGCAACAAUGUCUCAAUCAAAUAUUUUAGCAUCAUGCUUCUGCCAGGAAGAUGGUAGAAGUUGCUGGACCAGAAUGAAAAAUAUAUGAUUCAAAAAAUCGUAUGAUUCAAAAAAUAUUUAUUCACUAUUAAAAGAAAUCGCCUUUUAUUUUCAUAAAAAAAUCUAAAAAUAUAAAAUUACUUUCUGAACAACCCAAUAAAAAAUUCCUUAAAAGAUUAAUCUUAGCCCAUUAAAUUAUAAGUAUGUUCUACUAAUACAAAUUGAGUAGUUGAGUCUGUCGGAGUAAAACUUUUAAACUUUAAAUAUUUUUUCAGAAAUUUUAUGUGAGUUUGAAGUAUAAAAAAAUAUCUUAAACUCGAUCCACUAUGCAGCUAGGGUUAAAAAAAAUUGAAAAAAACUUCAUUCUCUAAACUAUCACUGCAGUUCAAGGGAAUAGUAAAUGGUAUGUUUUUUUUUAUUCCGAAAUCAAAGAGUACACAUAUGUAGCAAAGAUUACUUUCUUUCUAAAAAAUUGUACUUUAAAGCUUUCAUUGGGUACUUAUGUCUUCUACUCUCUCCAAUUACUGCUGAAAAUUGUAACCUUUCGGAGGAAACGACAAGAAUAAUAAGUAAGACGUCGUCGUUUAUCACAUUUUUUUUCGUACACCAGUCUUAUCGGCAAAUAUUUUUAGAUUUAAGCUGUUAUUUUAAAAUUUUCUCCACCAGAUAUAUUUAUAAUUUGUUGUUUUUAAAUUUAAUUAUAAUGGAUGCUUUUGGGCGUUGAAAAGUCUACCUUACACAGACAAUGUUCCUUUAAACGUUGAAAUUAAUUUUUUAUUUUUAAUAUUUUAUUAUUUUUAU